AUGGAAAAGAGGGAGGAGCUAUAGGACAGCCGUUAAAGGCGAGUCCAGUUGCCUCUUCCUCAGUGUGCUCAUAGAGAUCGUCAGUCCGUUAGGUUUUCUGUUGGCUUUGUUAACGGAUUUUGUCGUGAACCAGCCGCUGCAUCUACAUCGAAAUGGCUGACCAGCUUACAGAAGAGCAGAUUGCUGAAUUCAAGGAGGCAUUUUCGCUCUUUGACAAGGAUGGAGAUGGCACCAUCACCACCAAAGAGCUGGGCACAGUUAUGCGCUCUCUGGGCCAGAACCCCACAGAGGCAGAACUGCAGGACAUGAUCAAUGAAGUGGAUGCUGAUGGAAAUGGAACGAUAGACUUCCCAGAGUUCCUCACCAUGAUGGCCAGGAAGAUGAAGGACACAGACAGCGAGGAGGAGAUCAGAGAAGCAUUCCGUGUCUUUGACAAGGAUGGCAAUGGAUACAUCAGUGCUGCUGAGCUGCGCCAUGUGAUGACAAACCUUGGGGAGAAGCUGACUGAUGAAGAAGUGGACGAGAUGAUCAGAGAAGCAGACAUUGACGGAGAUGGACAGGUCAACUAUGAAGAGUUCGUACAAAUGAUGACGGCGAAGUGA